AUGCUCCGGGAAGAGCUUCUUCGGUCUAAGCAAGAUGAGAUCGCACGUUGUUUGUUGUCGCGGAAGCGCAAAUUGAGCGAGCUCUAUUUUGCGACCGUAGGGUACGCGGGCGCGACCGAAACCUCUUUCGCCGACUCCGCGUAUCAGGAAAAGGAGCAAGCGUUUCUUGAUGCCAACGACAUCACAAAAGGUCGUUAUUUCAAUGAUGCCACGCUCCCGGCCCUACCCAGUUAUGCAGCACCGCCGGCGCGAGACACGAAGGGGCCGCCGGUUGCUGUACCCUCCCCAGGCUCAGCGACCUCUAAUGCUGUUCCGGUCAGUCCGUCGUCGCGAGGAGAUGCCCGUGCGCCUGAAGUUGCUUCCCAAGUAUCCGACACUGGUCCGAAGACGGUCAAGGCGGCGCAAGCAGCAGAGAAGCAACCACCUCAUCCUAUUCCUAAAGCGCUCGACACUAAGCAUAUCCUUAAACCCGCGCCUAACAUUACUGUCGACGGAUUGCGAAAGCCGGAUGAUUCAACUCCAGAGGUGGACCAUGCUCUAGCUUCGCAACCUAGCCACAAGGUGGCUCCAUCUGUGCCAGAAACACCUAGCAGCUCUCAGGACUCCAGCACCGCUAUUCCGCCAACAGAUCAAACAAAGCUAUCCAAAGCGGUCUCACCAAACCCACCCGCCAUUCCGUCGCCGAAACCGCAGAAUCAUGUGCGCCCGUCUCCCCUCCCCGGAAGGCCCAUCCAGGCCUCCGAACAGCCCUUAUCACCUGCGUCGUCCGCAGGGCCGUACUCAAAUAACACGCCCGCUCUAACUGCGGCGUCACCAGCUACAAGCCCCGCCGAAGAGACUGCCGAGCCUGUUGGGAGGGCCGCUAGCCCUAAACGUACAGCUGUUACUCAAGGACAAUCGGGCUUCGUCCCCACUACGCCUGAUGAACAACUUCGUUUUGAGGAGGCACAGUCUCUCCAGCAAAAUGCUCUUUUGGCGAGCCAGGUCAAGGACGGUGCUGGGGUUGGUCCAUUGGCAAAUCAGGUUAUUCAGGAGGAUCUUCCGUCGACUUCAGGAGCGGUAGUUUCAGAGAAAGAUGCUGCAGAAACCGCGCCCGGCGAUGUACCAUCCGAACUCAUGAAGCCUGAGUCGACCGCAGAAUCUGCAGAAGAGGCGAAUGCUCAACCCGAGGAACCGCCUGUUCAAGCGUCGAAUCGGCCGGAGAACCUCGUUAAGGAAGCAGUGCCAAUCACUCAGCCGACCAAGAAGACAAGCCCACCCGCUCUGGCAGCACCUCCCCAAGAAAGAAUGACGACUAGAGUAUCCUCAGGAGCGAUUCGACACAAGUCUGUGUCGGAGAUCCUCGGUGAGGCUCCGAAGACCCCCGUUUCACCAGUCGAAAAGUUACAUACAACCGAGACACCUACCGAUAUGGGAUCUGUGGAUUCCGCUGCAAGGAUGCGUCUCAAGGACCGACGAGCGCGAGAGAAAGAGAGAAACAAGCUUUCGACUGUUGUUUUCCCCAAGCAGCAGCUACAACAGGACAAAAAUGACGGCAUGGAUCUUGUUCGUCAACAAUCUGGCGAUCUAGUCAGGUUGAAUGAGGAGCAGGACUACCUCUUCACCUUGUUCCAGAAUAAGGCUUACGCUCCACCUCGUGGAACAGCCUUGGCUGGCCUUCUCUCUUCAGCUCAUAAAACCUUGUCAACGAAUAAUUAUCUUCUAGACUACCAGGAGCAGAUGGACUGCCGCAUUCUACGCCGCAUAUAUGACCUUCAGAAUGCCAAUAGGUGGCCAUUGCGUCAACUGAAGCGUUCCGCUGAGCCGCCUAGGCAGGGUACCCACUGGGAUGUUCUUCUGGACCACAUGAAGUGGAUGCGGACAGAUUUUCGAGAGGAACGUAAAUGGAAGAUCGCUGCAGCGAAGAGCUGUGCUGAUUGGUGUGCCGAGUAUGUUCACAGUGAUUCUGAUUCCCGGUUGAUGUUGCGCGUUCAAGCAAGGAUCCCACCAAAAGAAAUCCACAAGAAAGUCGAACCACAAACUACCACGAUGGCUUCCCCCCCAGAGGAACCGGGAAAUGAGGCCAUGGACAUCUCACACCCUACGCCCGAUCUGGUGCCUUCGACGGAGGAGGACUCACUCAGUGAAGGUUUUGCUGAUGAGCCGCACCAUGAUCUACAAGAUACAGUUGCGCCAGCGGCGAUUUUCUCGCUUGGUUCUGAUGAAUUCAAUUUCUCUCUGGAUAUGACCCCGGCAGCACAGAAACUCCUGGACGAGUUACCCAUCUAUACCCCCAUGGAAAUCACGCCAAAUACGCAAUUUCCAAACUUCAAGCAGCCUUUAGAUUCAUCCUGGAAGACCGAUAUUCUUCCCGUUUCUAAAUACGCCCAGGGGAAGAUAAUGUUUCACGAGGAUGAGCCCGCAAGGAAACGCAGUCGCUAUGAGUAUUCGCAAUACAGCUCCGGUUCUGAGCAUCCAGUUCUAGACUUACCUCCUGAACAAACCAAUGUUGCGCUCUUUCAGCCCGAAAAUAAACAUAUCCGCGACCGUAUACACCCAGCUCAACCUUUCAGACCUCCAACUGAGUAUCCCAUGCCUUCUCUUGGUUUUCUGGAGUCAAGACAAUCAUCUCAGUGGACAUACGCGGAAGACGAGGAACUUCGCAGUCUUGUCGAGGAAUAUUCUUACAACUGGUCACUCAUAUCUAGCUGCCUUACUCCAUCAUCUCAGUUUUUAUCCGGCGCGGAACGGCGGACACCUUGGGAAUGUUUUGAGCGCUGGGCAGGAAUAGAGGGCCUACCUUCUGAAAUGUCCAAAACACCAUACUUUAGGGCCUAUCACCAAAGGAUCGAUACCGCCCAGCGUAAUGUUAUGGCACAGCAACAAGCGGCAGCCCAACAGCAACAGCAGCAGCAGCAGCAGCAACAGCAACAGGGUAUUAACAAUGGUAACCAACAGCCGAUGCCUUUGAUUCGUAGGAGAGGUACACAGCCCAUCCGGGUUGACCGGAGGAGGUCUUCUAAGCAUCUGGCGCUUCUCGAUGCUAUGAGGAAGCUGGCCAAGAAGCGGGAGACUAUGUUACAAAAGCAACAACAUGCCUCCCAGCUUGCUUCGUUAAGAAAAGUUAACGAAGCCAACCAACCAAAACCUCCUAUUUCAACACCCGCCGAGUUCAGUCGCUUGAAGCAUGAGCGCGAACUAAAACUUCAAGAGAGACAGGAGCAGUACCGCCAACAAAUGAUUGCGCAGCAGAGGGCGAACCUUGCGGCCCGUGCAGGUCAAGUGCCCAACCAGCAACAGAUGAUGAAUGCUCCUGGGCGAACUCCCAGCGCGGUUCCUCAUAACCCCAACGCCCCGUCCGUAACGGCAAAUGCACCAAAUGGUUUACCGAACGGAGUUCCCGCUGGAGCGCCGAACGGAAUACCGAACGGAGUGCCACAGGGUGUUGGUAUCAAUCAGACUCGGCCACAAGUCCAAGGGAUGCUAGGAAAUGGUGGGCCUGUAAACGGCCAGAUGCCACCCAACCAAAUGACCAUGAAGAUGAUGCCACAAUCUGAACAACAACGAAUUCUGCAAUCCAGACAGCAACAACCCCAGCAUCCUCUUCAGCAACAACAACCACCACCGCAGCAACAGAACCAGCAGCAGCAACUCCCCCAGCAGCCCCAGCCGCAGCAACCGCAGCAGCAAUUUCACACCCAGCCUCAGUUUGUGCCUCAGGGAUCCAACUCUCCGAACUUGAACAUGCCCUCCGUAAAUGGUAACCCAAACAACCCCGCCAUGAUGGCAGCACUUCAAGCGGGAGGUGGAAUGCAAAGUCCACCAUUCCAUAAUACAACACCUCAAGGCGUUUCUACUCCGUCUCCACGCAUGGGCCAACCGAAUCUUCUAUCAAGCGGGGUCGUUCCCACCAUCAGCAACAUCCAGAGUCAAAUUCAAAGAAGCAACCCUAAUAUGCCAGCGGAGCAAGUGAAUAAGUUAGCGACGGAUCGACUCCAUCAGUAUCAGCAGCAACGAAUGUCCCAAGUUGCUAUGAAUGCUGCAGCCGGCAAUUUGGGCGUGCAGCCCAAUUAUCAGGUUCCUCAUGAUGGCAAUUUCCAAACUCCCCAAACUGGCUUGAAUGGUGGCCAGAAUAUGCAGGUUCCCCAGGCUCAAGGGUUUUCUCCCAUGAUGCGUGUACCGCAGCCUGCUCAGCAAAACCGGGUAUCUACCGGAAACUCCCCUGCCAUGGGCGUAGCUGUGCCACAACAAAGUCGGAGCGCGACCCCUCAAAACCAACGCAGUGGUAGUGCUCAGAAUGGGGCGGCCCCCGGUGCGAGUAAGAGUCCUAAUCACCCUCAAACUCAGGCUAUGGGAACCUGA